AUGCAUGCUAAAGAAGCACGGGCAGAGGAAACGGUAACAGGUAUGUUUUCCAAAGUUUCUCGCGAUGAUUGUGACAAGUUGCACAACCCAGCCCACGCCGAGUCUACACGCAAUCGUGGCCACACAACAGACCAUGUCAUCAUCUUAGGCUUCACACCAUCGCUGCAGUUGGGCCACUCUUUCUUGCUGAAAUAUGCUGACUUGAUAGAACCUAGUUCAGACACACAUUUUUGA